ACAAUUUGUUUCUUUGCUCAAAAAUGAGUCAUGGAGUGAAGAAUCUAUAACUUUUUGUUGUCAACAAUAUUUUGCGAUUGGAUAGGGUAUAAAUGCUAUGGGAAGCGAUGCCGAUAGCCUCAAUGCGUCGGUCGCACACAUCGUGCUGUGCUGCGUGGCCGGGAAGGGAAUUAGCCGCAUGUCUGGUAAAAGCUUUACCCAUCCUGGGAUGCAUGCCAAUUUCUUCAUACACGGAGUGCUGGGAUUCUUCCACUACCAAAGUGGAAUACUCAACAACGAUUUUAAAGAAGCCUACAUGAUAAGCCUGCGUGCAUCCCGCUACCUCGCUCUGCCAUGUCUAAUGGCGGAUCUGCGGCGGGGCGACCACGUCAUCUCUGCCGUUCACCUGAUGUCAGGACUCAUACCCUUCGCCAUCUCCCUGACCGGCGAAGACAACGUCCCUCUAGGAAACCUGAUGAUCGCUUGCAAUAUUAUCGCGCUCUGCCACUAUUCUUUCACCACGAACCGUGAGUGGGGAUGGUACACCGCGGGUGCAGCUGUCAUUGCUUACUUCCUCUCCCCCCAGACCGAGCAGAAGAUGCUUUACCCCCUAACCUUGGCUAUGAUGGAAUAUUGCGCUUACAGAGUCUUCCACAUUCACUAUGACCCCCCGCCUGCACCGCCUCCAAGACGAUAAUUUAUUUUUUUAAUUUAUUAUUGAAAGACAUUGCUUUUUUUGUUUUAUUUGUUGUUUUAUUUA